AUGGUACCACCUGUCACUAUCCGCAACAUCAGCAACAAUCCGCUGACCCUGGUGCUGGUCGAGCAUUUCGAUCCUGCGCCGGAUGAAGGAUUCCAGAUGCAAAAUGUGACAGCUUCCUUGGCUACGAUCACGAAUGGGCUGGGCCUUACGAACAACACCACCCGCAAAGCCGUACCUCAAAUACCUGCCGACGCGAUUCCCUUUGCGACCAGAGAGGUUUCGAUCAAGCUGCCGCCGUUCACUGUGGUGCCCACGGACAUCAAAGCUGUCAUCAACAAGCCCGAUGAACGCCUUCGACUGACAUUCCAGACGGACCUGGGAGGGAAGCAUCAGAUGUACUGCCCCGUGCCGACGGCGGAGACGGCGACGCUGGUUGCUCUCGCGGCAAACCCCAAGUUGCGCUUUACAGGUAUCUUUCUCCCCGAGACUUCUUAUGUGGCUCUGUACAAUACCUCCCACCCGGAAACCUGGAUGAAAGACCUCCCAGACCACACUCCACUCGGAGUCCUGUCGGUUCCGGGCACGCAUAAUUCGCCUACACAUCAUCAAGCCGCGCCAUCCGUGCGUUGCCAGGCGGUGUCGCCGAAGGAGCAGCUCAAGAACGGCGUCCGCUUCUUUGACAUCCGCGUCCAGGUCCCAGAGCCCUACGACCCGAACUCGGACAAGCUCAUGCUUGUUCACUCUUCCUUCCCCAUCUCUCUCACAGGGAACAAAUACUUCCGUGAUCUCUACAAUCAGAUCCUCGAAUUCCUCAAGCAAAACCCCGGUGAGACCCUCAUCUUGUCACUCAAGCGUGAAGGCACGGGCAAGGGCACAGAUGAGCAACUCUCCCGCAUUCUGAAAAACAACUACACCAACCCACGCGAGUGGUUCACCGAACCGCGCGUGCCGUCUCUGGGCGAAGUGCGCGGCCGGAUCGUCCUGGUGCGCCGAUUCGUCCUCGAAGAACCCCUACGGCACGAGUGGAACGGCCGGGGAUGGGGCAUCGACGGCCACGUCUGGGCCGACAACACGCCCAACUCGAUGUGUCCGUCGGGCGACAUCUGCGUGCAGGACUUCUACCAGGUGAUGGAGAAGCCGUCGAUCGAGAAGAAGAUCACGUACGCGUGCGACCACCUCGAGCGCAGCGGGUCGUGCUGCCUCCUCCAGGGGCAGAACAUGGGCAGCCAAAAGUACCCGCUGUACGUCAACUUCCUGAGCGCGAGCAACUUCUGGAACGUCAACUGCUGGCCCGAGAAGGUCGCCGCAGAGGUCAACCCGGCCAUCGUGUCGCACCUCUGUCAGAGGCACAUGCUGGGCGACAACGGUCGUGUCAAGGACGGAGACUGGAGCACCGGCAUCGUGGUCACCGACUGGGUCGGCCUGGGAGGAGAUUGGGACAUUGUCCGAUGCAUUGUGGGCAUGAAUGCCAAGUUGAUCAGCUAG